CGAUAUUUGACUAUAUUCUUUCUAGUUCCAGCGCCACGCAACACACACAAUCGUCUUUUUACAUUUUCGUGAAGUAGUCGUCAAGGAACACGAAAAUGGCUUGUUCUGCCGUACGAUCGCCUAUUCUACGUAAUUCUGCGGUGAGACAUUAUGCAACUGCCACUGCUACCCAAACUUCUGCCGCAACUUGUCUUGAAACCAAAUUAUUAAAUAAUAAAGUUAUAGCUGUAUCUCUUGAUAAUAAUAAUCCUGUAUCACAAGUUUCUGUUAUCUUCAGGGCUGGUCCACGAAAUGAAACUUAUCACACUCAAGGUAUUAGUCAUCAUUUACGUAUUGCAGCUGGUUUGACUACAUGUCGUUCCAGUUAUUUUGGUAUAACCAGGAAUAUACAGCAACUUGGAGGAAAUAUAAUUGCUACAAGUGAUCGUGAAAGUAUUGCAUAUACAUUACAAGUUACACGAAAUAAUUUGGAUCAAGCUUUACAAUUUUUAGAAGAUGUUGCUACACAACAAGUGUUUAAGCCAUGGGAAAUAUCAGAUCAAUUACCUAGAUUACGUUAUGAGUUAUCAAGAAUACCCGAAACCACACGUCUGCUUGAACUUCUGCAUAGAACUGCCUAUCGUUCAGGUCUUGGCAAUUCCUUGUAUUCACCAAAGCGACAAGUAGGAAAAAUUAGUUCAGAAUCUUUACAGCAUUUUGUUAAUUCAUGGUUUACGGGAUCAAGAUGUGCUGUUGUUGCAACAGGUGUUCCAUUUUCGAAAAUAUGUUCAUUUGCUUCAGCCUUAAAUGUAAAAUCAAGCGAUGCUUGUGAUCAACCUGCAAAAUAUUAUGGUGGAGAACUUCGUAAGGAGCGUAAUUCGUCAACUGCCAGUGUAGCAGUAGCUGUAGAAUCUGCAGGUUUGAAUAAGGAAAAAGAUGUUUUAGCAUUGGCUGUAUUACAAAGAGCUUUGGGUACUGGACCACAAGUGAAAUGGGGAUCGAGCGCAAGUCCCCUUUACAAAACAGUAUCUGGUAUUGCUGGUAAACAAUCAUUUGCUGUUUCCGCUUUUAAUGCUGUUUACUCUGAUUCCGGUUUAUUUGGUUUUAUAAUCUGCAGUGAACCUAGUAUUGCUGGAUCGAUAACAGCAUGUACCUAUAAAUUGUUGAAAUCUCUUCAUUUGUCAGAUGCUGACAUUAAUCGUGGUAAAAAUGCAUUGAAGGCUGACAUUUUAUAUGCUACUGAAAAUGAUAUUGGACUUUUAGAAAUUCUUCGACAGCAAGCUUUAUUUAAGGGUCAAGUUUGUACAGCACAGGAAAUUGUUGCAAGUGUAGAUAAAAUCAAUGCAUCUGAUGUUAAAAACGUAGCUGGAAAGUUAGGCUCUGGUAAACCAUCUCUAGCUGCAAUCGGUGAUAUUUGCAGUGUUCCAAAUUUAGAUGAAUUAAGUUAGAUAAUAAGUCUGAUAUUCUUACGAAAUUAGUAUCAAUUGUUAAUAAACACCAGAUUCGUAAAGCGAAUGAACGCUUUUACCAGUGCUUAAAAACAGUAUAUACAUGAUCCAUUGCAAUUGUAAUGUAAUGCUUCUGUACAUACCAAAUAAAAAUAAAAAUUACUA